UCGAUGCAGCUCAAGGACCUGAGUAUUUUCAACCAGAGACCUCUUGGUGGUUUAUGAACCUGUGCUUUAUGCCGGGGCAAUUGUAUGGAUAAUAGAUCGUUGUUUCACAAAAAACGUAAAGUUUUUUUUAUGAUGACAAGGUUCACUUCAAAAGAUUUAAAGGAUAGAGAGAAAGUGUUAGAAGAGCAAAAGGACAGACAGAAAGACAAAAAAGAGGACAACCCCCAUGAAGACACACACGAUUGUAAAGAAAAAGUCAAAAAACAGAAGAGAAGGUCUUGCCCGGAUUCGAACUGGGGUAUUUGGAGUCAAAGGCCAAUAUGCUAACCA